AUGACCGACGCCACCGAAAUGAUGAAAAUGAUCGACUUUCUCCCACCAAGAACACACAAGCCAAGAGACCACGGUUUUACAAUGGUCAUGGACAAAGGUCUUGGUCCGCAUGAGACCGAGGACUUGUGCAUCACCGCCGCACCAUAUAUCGACUUUCUUAAGCUUGGAUUCGGUACCUCUGUUUUUACUGGUGGACUCAGAGAGAAACUUGCUAUUUACAAAAAGUAUGGCGUUGAAAUGUAUGUAGGAGGAACAUUUUUAGAAGCGUUCAUUGCAAGAAACAAGAUGCCAGAGUUUCACAAAAUUAUGAAAGAGUUUGGAAUCAAGAUGGUUGAAGUGAGUGAUGGCUCAUACGAGAUGGGCGCCGAGAAGAAGAUUGAAAUAAUCAAGGAAUGCACCCAACAUGGCUACUAUGUUUUAUCGGAAGUGGGCAACAAGUGUAAAGACCGAGAAUACACCAAAGAGGAGUGGACUGAUUCAAUGAAGGCCGAACUUGCUGCCGGAUCAAAGGUUGUGAUUAUCGAAGCACGUGAGAGUGGGACCACUGGAAUUUAUAACAAGGACGGGAGUGUUAACAAGGAUAUGGUCGACUAUUUGUGUAAGGCUGUUGAUCCCAAGAAGGUGAUGUGGGAGGCCCCAAUGAAAAGUCAACAAGCUUGGCUCAUUGACACUUUUGGCAUUAACGUCAAUCUUGGGAAUAUUGCUCCCACUGAUGCAAUUGCGCUUGAAGCACUUAGAAACGGGUUGAGAGGAGACACCUUUGCCCAAAUUCUUGCAGGAAAGUUCUAA